UUCAGAGGUACCUCCGAUUUCUUAGCUUUUUCAUUUUCAUUGAUUCAAUUCUUUGCUCUUUUUCUUUUUCCUUCAAUUCCUCAAUACGAUAGUCAGAUCUUCUAGGGUUUUUGACCGAAGUUGAGGUUCACAAAAUUUUUUUAGGGUUUCAUUUAUUACGUUAGGGAACAGAAAUUUUUUUUAUGGCAUUUGAAUGCCAAGAGAGUAUAGAGGUUUGUUUGGUGAAAAAUUCAAUAGAUUCUGAUGAACAACAGGGUGGAUUGAGUGAUUUUAAUUCCAAUUUUAAUCAUAUCACUUCAAUUUUUGAUGCCAAAUCUCAAUUGGAAACCGAAACUGCACACCGAGAAAGUGGAGUGGUUUGUUUGUUGAAGAAUUCAAUUGAAGAACGGGCUGGAUUGACUCAGUUUAGUCCCGAUUCUGAUCACAAUACUUUAAUACGUGACUCGGGAAAUUCCCAAUCGGAAAUUGAAAUCGGAAUCCAAAAACCUUCAACUUCAAACCCCAAAGUUAACGACACUUCAGGACAUUAUCGUAGGUUGAUAACUGAUCUUCCGUCCGCGUUGAUAUCGGAAAUUCUUAAUUGCCUUGACCCGAAAGAGCUUGGUGUGGUUUCGUGUGUCUCAACUGUUCUCAAUAGGCUAGCGUCCGAGCACUCCGUUUGGAAAGAUUUCUAUUGUGAGAGGUGGGGAGCUCCGGUUGUUUCGGGGUUUUCAGAUGAGAAAUCAUGGAGGGAAUUGUUUGUGGAGAGGGAGUUUAGGAGCAAAACCUUUAGGGGACGAUUUAGCAUUGAUGUUCUGUAUGGUCACACUGAGGCGGUUCGAGCUGUUUUCCUUUUGGCCUCUGCAAAGCUCAUUUUCACUUCUGGGUAUGAUUCCAUUGUUCGAAUGUGGGAUAUGGAAGAAGGGUUGUCAAUUGCGUGUUCACGGCCUCUCGGUUGCACAAUAAGAGCAGUGGCUGCGGAUAAGAAACUGUUGCUUGCGGGGGGUAGUGAUGGGUUUAUUCAUUGUUGGAGAGCUGUAGAGGGGCUCUCUUGCUUGUUUGACCUUGUGGGUUCUCAAAACCUGAGUACUGAGUUCCGAAUUUGGGAACAUGAAGGUCCUGUGACUUGUCUUGCUUUGGAUAUUAAGAGAAUUUAUAGUGGCUCAUGGGACAUGACUGUGCGCAUAUGGGACCGUUCUUCGUUUAAGGUUGUAAAGGUCUUGAGGCACACAGACUGGGUUUGGGGCCUUGUUCCUCGUGAUACUACAGUUGCUAGCACUUCUGGCUCAGAUGUGUAUGUUUGGGACGCUGAUAGUGGGACUCUGCUGACGAUAAUCUCUAAUGCUCAUGUGGGUAAUGCUUAUGCUUUGGCACGGAGCCACACAGGGGAUUUUCUAUUCACUGGGGGAGAAGAUGGGGCAAUACAUAUGUUUGAGGUCGUGAGUGAUUGCAUGGAAAGGAAUGUAUUGGAGGUUUCAACGUGGAUUCCUCAUUCUGGUCCUGUUCAUUCCCUGGCAUUUGAGUUUCCCUGGCUUGUUUCAGCUUCAGCUGAUGGGAGGAUGUCACUGAUUGAUGUGAGAAAGCUUUUGCAAACUUGCAAGCCUUCCUUAGGGAAGAAUGUUUCCAAGGUUAGGCACAGGGACCACAAAAGUGUGGAGCCCCCUCAGAGGAUGUUACAUGGGUUUGGCUGCAAUUUAUUCUCAGUGGACAUUGGUGCAGAUCGUAUUGUCUGUGGAGGUGAGGAAGGUGUGGUUAGAAUUUGGAACUUCUCACAAGCUUUAGAAGCAGAGCAGAGGGCCCGUGCUUUAAGAGGAAUACGUCUAGAAAACAGGAUGAGGCGGCGUAGGCUUCAAAUAGAGCUGACUAGUAAGGGUAGUCGAACUGAUCAAUGUUCAGUUGCAGCCAGUAAGAAUCCUAUUAAUGGUGAUAGGAGUGGUGUGUGGCACAAUAAGCGGGGAAUGAGUGGCAGGAUGAAAGCAUAGGAGCUGAUCACAGUCAUUAUUGCUUAUAGACAUUAUUACCCUACUAAUCUUUGGGUAAACAUGUAACAAUAAUCCACAUUCUAUGGCUUAAGCAGGUAUGAUAACAUGUUGUAGCUCUUUCUUUUACAACAGUAUUUGGAUUUGAAAAACAAUGCCCUCUUGAUAUUACAUUUUA